UAUGGAGACAACUGAAUGGCAGGAAUGUUAGGCAUUCGAAAUGCUGUUCUCGGCUAUUAGCAUAUGGAGAAUAUGGAAAGUUAAAACACGAAAUGAUUUGGCCAUUGAAAGUAUGUCAUGGCCGUCAAAACAAUCCGUUACACGAGGAUAAUGGAUUAGCUAGUUGUCUGACUCACCGAUACAAGAGAAAUGGUCGAUAACACAUGUAAGGUUUUGUGUGCAUUUUAUCAUUAAACUUUAGCUUAACAGAUUUUCUAAUGUUAGUAUUAAGAGCGGACGUUGUGUGAACAAUUUGGCGAUGUGUAAACCAUGUCGGGAUUGAUUGUAAAUCGUGGCGAUAGAGGAUGUGAACCUGAGGUCAAGGAACAGGAAUUUAUCCUAAGAGAUCGUAAUAGUGGUUGAAAGUGUUUAUUCAUAGCAGGCAAUGUUUUCUCAAAAUGCUGUCUUCAACAAGUUUUCGAUAAAUAGACUAUUAUUAUGACUUCCAAGAGGUCGCUCUUUUUUCUGGAUGGUAAGGGAAAGCGAACCCCUCAGCCCAAGGGAGGGAAACCACCUACAGGGGUAGCAGGAGUUGUUAAAGAACGAGAAACACCAGUAAAGUCACCACUGGCAGAGAAAACAAACAGAAGGCCAAAGCUGAGAGUAAAAAUUGUUGAUAAAACAAAUGGUACGGAUCAAGCUUCAUCUGAUGAAGGGGCUUCAGGAGACUCAAAGCGACAUUCCUAUAGAUCUGAGCUGAAAGUAGAAAUUUCUAAUCCGAAAGAGGAGAAUCCACCCACUGUCAAUCCGAAAGAUGUUAAUGUACAUGAAAAAGAAGAGAGAAGAAUUAGUGUCAACUCUCCCAGCAGUGGAAAUUCAGAUAGAGGUGACAGGCGACCAGUGUUCCGUCUCGGAGGAGAUAGUGAAUCGGCAGAUGAACACCAUUCAGACAGCAACCCAAGCCCCUCUGUUACAGUAGGACCAACCUGUAAAGGAGAUAGUGGGUCCCCAGCUAUCAAUGUCUCAACUGAUUCCAAAGUGACCAAAAAACAAAACCCUGCAGAUGAAGCUGAAGACGCUUCAUUCUCUUCUUCAGGAUUUUCACCAUGUAGUACCUCGGCCAGUUUUAAAAGUUUUGAUGGAAGAAAUCGGAUAGAUGAUUUCAGUGAUGACAGUGAUUGCCCCAGACUGCGUGAAAGCAUUGAUCUAAGUGAUGAUGCGGAGGUUGCAAGCAUCACAGUACCUCUAAAUCGGCAGCUGCGAGUGGUGACGUCCUUGGAACCUAGCUACUCACCCAAGAGAAAAAAGUCAUCUUUGGGACACUCUGAGGCCCAGACGGGGGGAGAAUUUAUUCGCAGAUUAUCCCACCAUUUGAUGUUUGUGGAUUAUCUUCGGAAGAGGGGGCUUUCCUCAUGUCUCAACCAUUUUCCAUCUGACAUGACAAUAGAUAAUUUUCGAAACCUCAACAAUGAAGAACUAAAAGAAAAGUACAAGAUUGAGAGUUCAUCCAUAAGAGAAAGACUGAUGCAUGCAAUAGUCCAGGCCACAAGGGAAGAAAUGGAAGCAGACAAUGAGUCUGAUGGAUGCCUCACUUCUCCGAGUCCCUUGUCACCCAAUGUACGUCGUAGCCUGGACGAGUUUCCCCUGGGUCGUCCGGGGAGUAUCAGAAGGUUACAGCGGACGUUAUCAGAGGAUUCCAGAAGACGGAGGGAGAGUCUUCCCAGCACUCCCAUCAGUGUCCCAGCCAAUAUCGGUAGUAUAACCAGUCACUCAGGACUCGGACACAGUGUAGGAGCUCUGAUUGAACCAAACCUACUUAGGAUGAAGAAUUCCAUUUUAGGACAAUCAGCUCCUUCUCUCACUGCAGGCCUGAAGGAUCCAGGUUUUGGAAGAAGAGCAAGUCGAGUUCGUAAAUCCAUUGUCGGUCCAAAUACAUCCCCAAUUCUUCCACAAAGAUGCCCCUCGCCUCAACUGCAUGGAAGUAGUCCCCAUGACAGUCCCAGGAACAUGUCGCCUAGUCAGCACGGCAACUUCCUCUUCCAGAAUGUCAGGAAGUGUGAUGGAAGACGGUGGUCCUUUGCUUCCCUGCCUUCCUCGGGUUACGGAACAAAUACUCCAGGCAGCUCCAAUGUUUCGUCUCAAUACUCAUCUCAAGAACGUCUUCACCAAUAUCAGCCUCCCCAAGAGGAGUACACCCUCAGCGGAAAUGAAGGGGAUGAGGAGGGAAGGAAAUCCCCCCUUUCCCCCCUCUUACGACCCAGGUCCCGCAGUCUCAGCUUGUCCUGGCUUGCACUUGAUAGUCCAAUGGUUUCUCCAUGUGGGGAUGAGAUUGUCAUGAUGAACAGUGUUUAUAAGGAAAGAUUUCCCAAGGCCACUGCCCAAAUGGAGGAGAAGUUGAAGAAAUUUUUAGAACAAAACAAGCUGGAGGAGGUGGAUUGUGAUGCCAUCACAAGGUUCCUGCACCACCAAGUGAUGGAGCUGGCUCGUGACUGUCUCCAGAAAUCACAGGACAAGCAAAUCACAGGAACUUACUUCUUUGAGCUCUCUGAGAAACUAGAGAAAUUACUUAUUGAUGCACAAGAAAGAGAAGAUAUUGCUUACGAGUUUCUCUACCCAGUCAUCAAGAACUUGUAUUUGAUAAUCUCUAGACCCUCAAGAUUACUGGAGUGCUUAGAGUUUGAUCCAGAGAAGUUUUAUCAGCUUCUUGAGGUGGCAGAGGGACAGGCUAAAGAACACAUGAAAUGUGACAUUCCACAAUACAUAAUCAGUAAACUAGGCCUGAAUAGGGACCCACUGGAAGACCUCACUGAUGGUGAUACUGCUGGCUCAGAGCUUGAUUCCUCCAUCACAGAGGAAAUUACACAGAAACGACGGGUAUACAAAUUUCACACUCCAGUUGAGGAAGACUUUGAAUUAAUUAAAUUAAUCAGCAAUGGAGCUUAUGCUGCUGUUUAUCUUGUACGCCAUAAAGAAUCUCGACAAAGAUUUGCAAUGAAGAAGAUUUGUAAGCAGAAUUUAAUUCUACGCAAUCAGACGGAGCAGGUAUUUACUGAAAGGGACAUUCUCAGCUUCACAGAAAACCCAUUUGUUGUCAGCAUGUAUUGCAGCUUUGAAACCAAGCGCCAUCUUUGUAUGGUAAUGGAGUAUGUAGAAGGAGGGGACUGUGCGACUCUGAUCCACAAGGCAGGUCCUCUUCCUUUUGAUCUGGCCAGGAUGUAUUUUGCUGAGACAGUCUUGGCAUUGGAAUAUCUCCACAGCUAUGGAAUUGUUCAUCGUGAUCUCAAACCAGACAACCUCUUAAUAACUGCCACUGGCCACAUAAAACUCACAGAUUUUGGGCUUUCAAAAAUAGGACUUAUGAGUUUAACAACAAACCUGUACGAGGGUACGUUAGAACAGGACUGUAAAGAAUUCAGUGAUAAACAAGUGAUUGGUACACCGGAGUACAUUGCACCAGAGGUCAUCCUUAGAAAGGGAUAUGGAAAACCUGUGGAUUGGUGGUCAAUGGGAAUCAUUCUUUAUGAAUUUCUUGUUGGCUGUCCACCAUUUUUUGGAAACACAUCUGAGGAGUUAUUUUCUCAAGUUAUAAAUGAGGACAUUGAAUGGCCAGAAGAAGAAGAAUGGCAGGUGAGGGACGAUGCACGAGAUCUGAUCACCCAGCUGUUACAGCACAAUCCUAUAAAUAGACUGGGUACAGGCGGGGCACAGGAGGUUAAGGAACACAUCUUCUUUAUGAACCUGGACUGGGCUGGGCUACUGAGACAGAAAGCCGAGUUCAUCCCAGAACUAGAAAGUGAAGAGGACACUAGUUACUUUGAUACUCGUUUAGAAAGGUACAACCAUGAGAUUGAGACUGAGGACACUGAGGAUGACACAGAUGAUCCGUUGUUCCAAAGCUUUGCUUCCUCCUCGCCAAGGUUCUACUACAAAAUAGAUGAAAUGAAUGAGAAGGAUAAAGAUGACAGAAGAAGACAUUCUAGUGCUGAUGAAAUGAGGACACAAGUACUGCAGAAGCAGGCUCUGGAGAGAAAGGACUCUAACCAGUCGGAGAGUUCUGACACGUCCUUAGAACUACAGCAGCUGAUGAAGAAGGAGAUAAGUAGCGUGGACUCUACAGACACGUGUAAACCUCAGGACAGUAGUGGAACUAAGGAUGAAGAAGUGUUCUCUUCACCACCUGAAAAUACACCUCCAAGAAAGAGCACAUUGGCAAUUUUUUUCAGUACACCACCAAAGAGUCAAAUUCCCAAAACAAGCACCCCUGAAACCCCAAAACCAACCCACCGCCACCCCACCACCAGUACCCCUGAAAGUUCAGACAAUAACAGUGAUGACUCCAGGAAAAUUUCAAAACGAGAAAUUCUACCACCACCUAUAAAGAGCAUCAUCCCUAAGCUGGCAAUCUCUUCUGAUGAAGACAAAGACAAAAGUCAAGGAGUUAAAGAAUUAUCACCUGUUGAUGAGAAGAAGGAAAGAGACAUAGAAUCCAGCUCGCUGAGUAGAAAAGUACUGCAGAAAUCUGCCUCAACAACAGCACUGACACUCCUUAUUCAACCAACAGAUGAGUUCAUAGCAAAGCCCAUGCUGUCACCGGGAGGGUCAAGUACUAGUUCAAGAGAUGGUUCACCCUCUAGGGAUGUUUCACCUCUAGUAAAGUCUCUCAACCCUCCCAUCAUCAUUAGGAGGGGUCCAAGGGGCUUUGGAUUCACACUCAAAACCAUUCGAGUUUACCAGGGGGAGACAGAUGUCUACACAUUACAGCAUGUGGUUGUGGCAGUAGAGCAGAACAGUCCAGCAUAUGAGAGUGGAUUACGUCCAGGAAUGUUGAUUACUCAUAUCAAUGAUGAACCCGUACAGAGUCUGUUGUACACCAAAGUCAUUCAAAACAUUCUGAAAGGGGGAGAUGUUGUGAGCAUAAAGUGUGUUCCAAUGGAAAGUACAACAAUAAAAAGGGGAGGAAGGCGCAGAGCACAUCCUGGUAAAAUGGUCCGAAAAACCAACAAGAAAAAAGGAGAUGAAAAAAUCAGAGAAAAAACAAAAGGGAGAUCUAUACUAAGGAGGUUGAGUUCAAAAACUAAGAAAAGUGAAUGGUCCACAUCUCCUCUGAUGGUAACAGGCCGAUCAAUUGGCAGCGGAGCAUUCAGCAAGUCCUGGACUUGUGGGGACAGUAGCAAUGGGCAGCUCAAGGCCACAAAAUCUUUCCCUGGUGCCAAUCCAUGGUCACCAGAUUCUUCAUUUGGCAAUUCCUCAAAUAGCUCUCCUAAUUCCAGUUCCCCCAAUUCUCCUGCAAGUAAUUCCACAUUUGGCAGGCCAAGUUCGUUACACGGGUUACACCAUAAUAAGCGCACUCACAGCAUCAAAUCACCUCAUCGUCGGAAGUCUGUUCACAAUAUCCCAUUGUCUCCCCUGGCUCGAACCCCUUCCCCUUCACCUAUGCCAACCUCCCCCAAUCGCAGUCCCAGUCCUUUAGCAUUUACGCAGAGUCAAGCCAGCGGUCAUCAGAUGGGAAGCUCCAACAUGCCUCAGCAAACUUAUCCAGCACACCUGAAUUCCUCCCAGUCCCCCAGUGCAAGCAUUACUAGAAAAACAUCCUUCUCAAGACCAAAAAGUUGUGAGCCUGGGUCACCACUCUUAAGGCGUGCCCUAUCACCAGACAGGCUUCACCCUCAUUCUGCAGAAAAAGCUGCUGUUCAGAGGAAGGGAUCCCUUCAGGACAAAAAAAGUCAUCUGUAUGAGUCUAUGUGAUGGAUCAGGCUUAUAUGUUGUGUGUAUAUUGUACAUAGUUGAAGAUCUUGGUUUAGAAUAUUAACUGCUUCUUUUACUCAGUGAGCACCGGGACGCUACCAACCCUUAAUUGUGAUAUUAAUGACCUUAAUUGUUUUUGUGCAAGUGCUUGUUAAUUAUUAGUACUUCCCCCAUAUAUUGUUUCAUGUGUGACCAGCUUUUUUCUGUGAUGACCUAUGUAAAAAAACCUCCGUAUGCUCAAAACAUGUGCUAAAUCUGAAUUAACAGACUACUAGAAUGUGAUAUAUUGUUUAACCAUUGAUUAAUGUUUGUUUACAUAUUAAUUUACUUGAUUCAGUUAAUUUACAUUCAUAUUCUCCAGUGCUACAAUUUUGGGAAGCAUUUAAAUUGGAAGGUUGGGCCUAAAAUACGGUCUUUUUUUUAACUUGAUGCAUCUGUUGGAUUAAAUUGAUCAGAAUAAUGUUAAGCUGACAGAUCACCAAAUAUUUAACAAUGAAAAAUUAUUUAUUGAAAUGUCCUGUGUAGUCUAAAGCUAAGAAAAAUGUAAGACAAUUUUUGACUGGUCCUGGAUUUUUGGGUGAAAUGCAAAUGCUACUUAUGGAUUAAUCAAUCCUUGAUAUUAAAAAAUAAUCUGUAAGAAAAUCAGUACAAGCCUAUUGUAAUAGAUGAAAUGAUCAGGAUAUUGAUUGUGAACAAACAUCUACAUUCAAUCAGACUUUGUGUUGACGUACAGAACUGUGAUUUAUUGUUUAUACUACUUGGUGCUUUCAUGCAAAUUACAAAUAUGUUUUAUUGUCUUAACCUUCAGAGAAAUUCAGGAUGGUAAAAAUCUUGCAUUAUUAUAAUGCUAAGUGAUGAGCUAUCAUUACAAAUGGUAAGGAUCUCAUUCCAAUUCUUUGUAGAAUUUCUCUCAAGAUUAAAGAUCCUACUUUGUUGUCUAGGACGUAAUAAUGGCAUUCAACCAAUUCAUACUUAACUCAUUAUAUGUAGUAUUAUCAUAAACUUCAUGUCUGUGACAAUGUAAAUGUAAAACUUAACGCUCUGAUGUGAAUUUUUUGGUAAAAGGAAUUGAGUUAAAAGUAUAUUUACAUGCUGUUGAAGAGGGAUUGAAUUUGUAGUCAAAGUUUUACAAACUCAUCAAUUUUCUACCGAUGUCAUUGUGUGGAUAUGCUGUAGUGCUAAUUCAUUUUGUCUUUUAUUCAGCAGAUUUUCAGUAAAUUUCACCAGAAAUGUGUAUAUGAACAGCAUAUGAUAAUUGUAAACAAAAGUUAAACUUGGAUGUUAGUCUUGAAGAUUGAUUUUAUCCAGAAUUGAGAUUUCUUCAACAUAUCAAAGAUUUAAGAUGCCUAAAUUUUCAUCAAUAAAGAAAAACUUGCCGUAAAGUCUUGCAGACAAACAUAGAUUUUCAAUAUGUCCAUUGAUCUCAUGUUCAUGUAUAUAUAAUUAUAUAAUUAUGUGUUACUCCACUGCCUGUAGAAAUAGUGAUGAUGAAUGUUAUUUGAAUGUAGAAUUUGGUUGAGUGAUAUUGCUGUUGUAAUUAUUUUGUUAUACAUAUUAUAUUCUAUGUUUUUUGCUACAAUUUUAUGAAUAUGUAGUUUGUGUUGAAUAUUUUUCAUUGAAAGUUGUAAAGUUGGAGUUUUGCAAAUCUGUUUUUGCUUUUGAGUAGGACAAAAAUUUAGAACCAUUUUCAAUUAAAUUCAGAAUUUUUUUGAGUUUCAAGAUUUUUAAGUAGAUUAAAAACUAUAAUUUUUCCUACCUUUUAAAGUGUACAACAUAUACACAAAAGGACGAAAUUAGAUCAUUUUCUUGGUAAAAGUAGAAACAGUAGUUCAGUGGUGUGCUUUGUUAACAAUAUUUGAUGUUUAAAACAUGCAUUGUAAAGCUGUACAUAAGCAAUGAAAUCCUUUACAACUCGGUAAAAGAAACCAUUUUUUUAUCAUCUCAAUAAAUUGAUAAAAUUGAAUUAAA